AUCUUCGUCUCACUCCUUUUUCCCUUUCUUUCUUUCUCUCUCUCUCAUUUCUCGAUUGAAGCAGAGCUCAUCAGAUCUGAAAAUGUCUCUCUCAGUCGAGAAAACCAACGCCGGCCGUGAGUACAAGGUCAAGGACCUUUCUCAGGCCGACUUCGGUCGCCUCGAGAUCGAGCUCGCCGAGGUCGAAAUGCCCGGUCUCAUGGCUUGCCGUACCGAGUUCGGUCCUUCUCAGCCCUUCAAGGGUGCCAGGAUCACUGGUUCCCUCCACAUGACUAUCCAGACCGCCGUCCUCAUCGAAACCCUAACCGCCCUCGGUGCUGAGGUCCGUUGGUGCUCCUGCAACAUUUUCUCCACUCAGGACCACGCCGCCGCUGCCAUCGCUCGUGACUCCGCCGCUGUGUUCGCCUGGAAGGGUGAGACCCUUCAAGAGUACUGGUGGUGCACGGAGCGCGCUCUUGACUGGGGUCCCGGUGGUGGUCCCGAUCUGAUCGUCGACGAUGGUGGUGACGCUACUCUCUUGAUCCACGAGGGAGUCAAGGCUGAGGAGAUCUAUGAGAAGAAUGGUCAGUUGCCUGACCCUACUUCUACUGACAAUGUUGAGUUUCAGCUCGUCCUUUCCAUUAUUAAGGAGGGUUUGAAGACUGACCCCAAGAGGUACCACAAGAUGAAGGACAGGCUUGUGGGUGUCUCUGAAGAGACCACCACUGGUGUCAAGAGGCUUUACCAGAUGCAAGCCAAUGGUUCAUUGUUGUUCCCUGCUAUCAAUGUCAAUGACUCAGUCACCAAGAGCAAGUUCGACAACUUGUACGGAUGCCGCCACUCUCUCCCAGAUGGUCUGAUGAGGGCCACUGAUGUUAUGAUUGCCGGAAAGGUUGCCGUUGUCUGCGGUUAUGGUGAUGUCGGAAAGGGUUGCGCUGCUGCCCUCAAGCAAGCCGGAGCUCGUGUGAUCGUGACCGAGAUCGACCCCAUCUGUGCCCUUCAGGCUCUCAUGGAAGGUCUCCAAAUCUUGACCCUCGAAGACGUUGUCUCCGAAGCCGAUAUCUUUGUCACCACCACCGGUAACAAGGACAUCAUCAUGGUUGACCACAUGAAGAAGAUGAAGAACAACGCCAUUGUCUGCAACAUUGGUCACUUCGACAAUGAGAUCGACAUGUUGGGUCUCGAGACUUACCCUGGUGUGAAGAGGAUCACCAUCAAGCCACAAACCGAUAGGUGGGUCUUCCCAGAAACCAACGUUGGAAUCAUUGUCUUGGCCGAGGGUCGAUUGAUGAACUUGGGUUGCGCCACUGGACACCCCAGUUUCGUCAUGUCCUGCUCGUUCACCAACCAAGUCAUUGCCCAGCUCGAGCUCUGGAACGAGAAGUCAUCCGGCAAGUACAAGAAGGAGGUGUACGUUUUGCCUAAGCACCUCGACGAGAAGGUUGCCGCUCUUCACUUGGGCAAGCUUGGAGCUAAGCUCACCAAGCUCUCAAAGGACCAGGCUGACUACAUCAGCGUGCCCGUUGAGGGACCAUACAAGCCCAUCCAUUACAGGUACUGAGAACUUGAUAUGGUCAGUUGGGUGACCGAGUUGAGAAAACAACAAACGAAAAAAGGCCAUAUAUUUCAACGAUUGAUUGCUUCUUUUUUACAUUUCUGAUGAUGUGGUAGAAUACUACUAGACUUUGAUUUUUGUAGGGUGUGUUUUUAUUUUUGGUGGUGGUUGGUGGGUGGGAGGGAUAUGAUUUUGGAAGGGAAAGUGUGGAAUUGGUCUCUUGAUAUGAAGACCUUAAUGGGUUUCGGUUUCAAUAAGGAAUGGAUUUGGGCUGUGUUGGGAAUAUAUAUAUAUAUAAUAUUGUAACUGCCGCGGGUAUAUUUUGCUCUGCUGCGUAUGCUUUUUAUCUUCAAUAUUAGCAGAGAAAAUGGGAAAAGGAAUGAAUUACUUUGCCUA